UUAAUUACGAAGCACUUUAUACUGACUGAAAUAUGCAACAAUAUUGAACGCAAAGUGGAUGCUUUAACUUAAGAUCUGAAAUCAAGUUAUGCAAAACGUAUAUUCUAAAUGAUGCCGUUCGAUAUUAAUUUAAUAUUUUUUGACAGAAUUUGUUUACUUUUUGUGAGCGUCACCGGAAGUUAACCACCGAAAUGAUACAUGUUCUCUGAUUGGCUAGUUUUUAGGCUAUUGCAUAUUUUGACUAAUAGAAUUAUUCCUUGCAAGCUACAUCCAAAAUGGCGACCUCCAUGGUCCAAACGAAUGAUGAAAAAAGAAAAACCGAGUUAUUUAGAUGUAUUGCUGUUCAAUUUUUUGAAAUGGUACCUAUUCGGAGAAUUAAAUGGCAGUGUGAACAGCCUUUAGAAAUUGACAUGAUGGACCAGCAAGCACUGCUUUCCCUCACAGUGAAGAGUCCGCUGUGUCAGCACUGCCCACCCUCUAUAUUCUACCAGAGGAGCUUCAUCAAGAAAUUUCUCAGCUUGUUAGAGGACUAUGGCAGUGAGAUUUGUGAUGACCUGUACGAUGCAUACACAGAACUCCUGCAGGAGACGGAUGCAGAGGAAGAGGACCUUUGCUAUAAAACAUUCACUCUGGUGUGUACACCCCAACACGACAAACAACAAGGCCGUCACCAUUAAGGAGUCAGUGAAUAUGAUAUCAUUUGGAACAACUGGUCUUAGUACCUGGCAGGCUUCUCAGCAUUUAGCAGAAUGGAGUAUCCAAAAUAAAGAGUUAUUAAGUGGCAGACAUAUUCUGGAAUUAGGGUGUGGCUUGGGGAUGCUGGGAUUGGCAGUGUGCCAGGAAUGUGGUGUACGGACGUACACGUUCACUGAUCACAGUGCUAAUGUACUCCACCUGGUGGCUGACAACAUACACAGGAAUCUCAGUGGAGAAGAAGAUUGCUUUGAUAGUGAUGUGACUGAAGAAAAACAGCCAAUAGGCACCUGUAAUAGUCAUAUUGCUAGUACUGAAAAUGAUAAUGCUUCUCGUGCAUGUAAAAGAUCCAUCAACAUAAAAAUGCAUUUAAGUAAAGAAAGUGUUAUGAGAACUUCCAGUGAUGCUAUUGAAUGUACUGAGGAUGACUCUGUGGAGCAGAGUGCAGAGUCUGACUGUGAAACACACAGUAAUUGUAAUAGUCUACUUGACCUGGAGUUUGUGCUAAAUGGACCUCAAUGGCAUGCUCUGAACAAAGACGUUUAUGUGCACACUAGCAGAGAUAUGAUUCAGGUGGGUAGACUUGACUGGGAGAGUGUCACACAGGAGGAUGUUGACAAAUUUGGACCAAUAGAUGUGUUGCUGGCUGCAGAUGUUGUGUAUGACGUGCGUCUCAUUCCUUGCCUGGUGCGGGUGCUAAAGCUGUUCCUGUCCCGUGACCCACACUCCCAUGGGGUACCGCCUGUUGCCUACAUUGCUGCCACAAUACGCAGUGAAGAUACCAGAGACCAGUUUCUCAUUGCACUUAGUUCUGCCUCAUUGAGUUACAUGCCAGUUGAGCCUUCCUCACUACGCUUAUUCCACUAUGACACAAGUAUUCCUAUUGAAAUUAUCAAGAUCACUGUGUGACCUAAUUCUGAUACCUGAAAGAACAUAUUAUCAUUACCUCUAGGCUACCUCUUGCUUUGUUAGAUGAUUUUUAGCUCGGCUGUUUUCGGAGAAAAGCCGAGGUAUUGUCAAAGCCAGCACGCCGUCCGGCAUCCGCUGUGCUAAAACCUUGACAUUUUGCUCUAAAAUCAAAGUGCUUCACCUACGAGUUUGAAAAUUGAUAUGUAGAUGCACCUUGACGAGUUCUACACCCCACACCCAUUUUUGGGUCACUAGGUCAAGGUCACUGUGAUCUCUAAAAAAAUAAACUGACAAGCUUUCAUUUAUUCAAAACUGCACCUGCAGCCGAGUGUUGGCACCAGUUAUGCGGUGCUCUUGUUUAAAAUAAUAUUUUUUGUUGUUGUUCUAUUUCAAGACUUGCUCAGAGUGAAAACAAACUUCUAAACUGAUUUUGUUACCAUUUUCAGACAUGUUCAAAUUACAAAAAAAAUCUUAAAGUAUUCUUAACUGAAUACUUUCAUGUGAUUAUGAGAAAUGCAAAAGAAAAACUAUAUAAUUGCAUUUGAUUCUAUAUACAUGUUUAUUGACUUGGUUUGUCAAAAAGUUAAAAACCUUUUAGCAUGUCCUUUGUGUACCAUAGUGAGGCAAACUGUAAUUUAUGCAUCUAUUGCUGAAAUGUGAUACUGAAUGAUACAAUGUUUGUAUGUUUAUAAUUUAUGUUUAAUUUUAAAACUGAUAUUGUUCAACCAGCAUAGAGGAGUAAUUGAUUAUUUUAAAUGUAAUAAUAAUAUUGUCUUUAAAGAUUUUGUUUUCAAGUUCUUUAUGUAAGUGUACUUUAUAAUCUUAUAAUAUGUGCCUCUUCCAAGAAGGAAGGAUAUGUUACAUGACACCUGUCUAUAAAUUGAUCAUUUGUUUAUGAAUUUCAUUUGUUCCCACUAAAUAUGCAGAAAAUGCUUAGCAAUACAACCAUGCACAUUGUAUGCCAUUAUUAUUGAAGAGAUGAGAUAAUGGCAGACAGCAGUAAAAUACUGUCCACUCAUUAUAAGUUAAUUUUUAUAGAUGGGGAAGUUAAAAAAAGAAAAUAAAAAGCUGUAAAUUUUCAUUUUGGGCUGGUUUAUAAAUAUAGGGGGUCGACUUCAUACAAAAUUCCUGCAAAAGAAGAGGGGGUGUAUAUCAUGUUUUACAAUCAUCUGUGGUACGGAAGUUUUUUUUCGAGGGUUUAGAAUGUACAAUUUUUUUUUAAUGUUUGAAUAUGCUGAAAGGGACCUCUUCACAGAUUUUGCAUGUGUUAAAGCUUGUCAUUAAAUGAUAAUUAAUUUGAUAUAUUUAAACCUUGGAACUAAAAAGCUCCAGUGAAAAACAAGAAUAAAAUCAAAGAAAUAAUAAAAAGUACCCACAAAUGGGCUCGAACCACUGACCCUUCAAGUAAAAGUUUAGCACAUAAAACACUCGACUAUCCGUGCUGAUAGUGAUGUGUAUUUAACACAUUAUAUAAGCAAUCACAAAAUAUAACAAUAACAAUAGAUCUCUCCAAAUUAUUAAAUUGUUUCGCGUUUGUAACUCUUUCUACAUGUAAAUUAUCAGGGUUUUUUUAAUCUUCAUAAGAUGCAUGUAAUAAAUAUUUUAGAGCAUGGUAACUCUUCAGUUUUACUGUUUUCUGAUAAAUAUCCCAACUAUAACGAAAGUAUGCAAAUCAUAAACCAAUUUUUUCAAUUUUGCCAAUUUACCAAACGUGAAAAGGUCCCUUUAAAUAACUUGUAAGUAAAAUGUAUGUUGAUGUCCUGUUACAUUUAUGACCAUGGUUGUAAGUAUUCAAUGGUAUUAUAUUAUGUUGUGGUGCUUUUAAAAUCAGUAUUUUUGCGCUGAUGGGGUUUGUGUAUUUGUUAUUAUAAUUUAAUGUUCAGUAAUGUGCAAAGAAAUAAAAGUAUUCAAAAGAAA